AUGCUGGCCGCCCAAGAUCUCUAUGCAGGUGGACUUAUCAGCUACCACCGUACAAAAGAAAAUUUGUCAGACGAAGAGUUGAAGAGAAUUGUGGAUGACCAAGUAGGUCAUCCUGUUUGGGGUGAUUAUGCGGACGAACUUUCGAGAUCUAUGACAAAAAUGAAACGCCAUGCUAGUACACAAGGGGUCGGUCCACAUACUCCUAUAGUUCCAAUAAAAUUUACUGCUGGGUCGGAGAAAAAUUGGAGGAAUGAAGAGACGAAGAAGCUGUUUCAAUUUAUAAAUAAGUAUUUCCUUGCGUCGCUCUCAAAACCAGCAUCGAUAAAAACAUUUGAUGCAGAAAUGAUGUUUGGUGCUACAUCCUUUACUAGCAAAGGAGAAAAGAUUAUCACUAAGGGCUUCCUGGAUAUAUAUAACUACGAAAACCUUGCAGGAUCCGAACUCCCCAGAUAUGAACAGAAACAAGAUUGUAAAACAGCACCAACAUUCUCAGUUGGAUCUCCUAUCCCAAUGUCACCGCCUCAUGUAACAGAUUCAGAUCUCUUGUCUUUCAUGGACAGGAUGGGAAUUGGUACUCCUGCUACUGUGCACACGCACAUUCAAGGGUUGAUAGACAAUAAACUUAUUACUAGAGAUCGUGAGACCAUGGAGAUCGAACCCACCGCUCUUGGGGUGGCACUAAUCUGUGGCUAUAAUUCCAUGGAAUACAAAGCCUGGAGCAGGGAUCUUAGAGAUUACAUGGUCCAAGGUAUGCGUGCUAUAUCCUCAGGGGAAAGAUCUAAAAAUGAUGUUUUAAAUGAAACACUGGAUAACCUGAAAGUUUGGUUUCGGAGGAUACUAAAAGGCCAACUGGAGAUAGUAAGGGGCGUUAGAACGUUCUUAAGAACAUUCUUGAGUAAUGAGACGCAAUUGCAUGAUCAAGAUCUCAAGAUGUAUACGACUCAAUUGGAGGAGUUUAAGAUUGCCGAGAGAGAGGGGCUGAAGAAGAAUUCAGGGGUCGUCAACAAUUUUAGAUUGCUUGAUACAACUCAAAUGUUGUGGUUGAGACCAGAUGGACAUCCAAGUAGUUAUUGGCAAAAGAAAAAGAGGUUGGCAAGUACAAUGAUUGUGUGCAUUGGUGUUUGCCUGGCCCUAUUGAUACUUUGA